AUGUCGCCCUUCUCCUCGCUCAUAGCGCAGGAAAUCCACACCAUACCCUCCUUCACGCUCGAGUCUGGAUAUGUGCUUAGAGAUGUCCCCGUCGCGUACAAGACAUGGGGAAAACUGAAUGAGAGCAGAGACAACGUCAUGAUAAUUUGUCAUGCAUUCACUGGGAGCUCAGACGUGGUAGACUGGUGGGGCCCACUUAUGGGCCGGGGAAAAGCCUUCGACCCUAACCGUUACUUUGUCUUCUGCGGAAACGUUCUGGGAUCGCCGUAUGGGUCUGCGUCUCCAGUUACCACCAACCCUGAUACCGGCCGGCUAUAUGGUCCAGAGUUUCCUGCGACGACAAUCCGCGAUGACGUCCGACUGCACAAACUUGUGCUAGACCACCUCGGCGUUUCCUCCGUAGCAGUCGCUAUUGGAGGGUCCAUGGGUGGAAUGGCCAUACUGGAAUGGCCACUGUGCACACCACCAGGUUUUGUCCGGCACAUCAUCCCGAUUGCGACAUCCGCGCGGCAUUCUGCCUGGUGCAUCAGCUGGGGCGAAGCGCAACGCCAAAGCAUAUACAGUGAUCCUGUGUACGAAGACGGCUAUUACAAGUCCCAGCCAGCCUCUGGUCUUGCGGCGGCGAGGAUGGCCGCCCUUCUCACUUUUCGGUCUCGCGAUUCGUUCGAACGGCGCUUCGGGCGCAAGUCGCAGAAUCCCACAAUUGACGCGGUGCCGACGCCCCCGCGCUCUCCCGUUACGGUGGGCGUUGAUGAUGCGAUUGCAGCGCACAAUGACGGCCAGCGCAGACGAUCGUCGCCAAUUUUGGCCGCAGACAGUCAGAAUCCGAUCUCUCCUACCCCCCGAAACCCGAUCUUUACCGCGCAAUCGUAUCUGCGCUACCAGGGCGACAAGUUUAUCUCGCGGUUCGACGCGAACUGCUACAUCCACAUCACCCGCAAACUGGACACGCACGACGUCGCGCGCGGCCGCUUGCGCUCUCCCGACGAGGAUGAGUCUCAUGCUCUCGCGCGUGUCCUGGCAAUGUUACCUCCUCGCGCCCUCGUGAUUGGCAUUGAAACCGAUGGGCUCUUUACUCCGUCUGAACAGCGUGAAAUUGCGGAGCACAUCCCAGGCGCAGAGUGCGUCAUCAUUCCUUCUCCCGAAGGCCACGAUGGGUUUUUGCUAGAGUUCGAGCUCAUCAACGGUCAUAUUAUGCGAUUCUUGAGGCGGGAACUUCCUGACUACUAUCGAACCUCCGAAGGCGUUGAUGUAGCAGAAGAACCGGAAGAGGGAUUCGACGUCAAGAAAACGAGCAUGUUUGGCGAAGCCGAGGCGGAGAUUAUCAGAUGGUAG